AUGUUGGUAAAUACAGAGUGUCCCAAAAAAAAGGACUCGUGCAAUGAGGAAGCCUGUUUCAAGUGGCCUUACGUCAACCUCACUGUAGAAGCUGAAUCUGUCAGUGGCACCUUAUUCCUCCUCAACUCGGAUACCUUAGGGGCGACACUGCAGUGGAUAGCGGACUCGGACCUACGGCUCGACACCAACUCUCUCCCCAUCCACUUGGCUGAUCUGGUGUCAGUGGACCGUCGCCGCCUGCGUGUUGGCCAGCGUUGUGCCAUUGUGCUACUGGUCUUGAAGAACGGCUCUCUUUAUGGGCCCUUUGAAUUCGUGAAAGGAGGCUCCACCGACUUUAUCGAUCGACUCUCCACCUUCGUCAACCUACAAGAGUAA